GAUUGAUUAUAUGUAAGUUGCUGCCGCGGGAGUCUGAGAAGCCAGAAUUAGCCCGCAAAAAGAGCUUAGAGAGUCAUUCGUUGAAGCAUACAGCUUGGCCUGUUCAGCUCAUGCUGCCGCAAGCUGUCAAUACUGUAUUGUUGUCGCCAAUGUCUUCGGCAGUAAGAUUGCAGUCAAGGCCAGUAAGCCGCUUUUCUACGGGCCUUUCUUUGCCCUAUGGCGUCCGCCCCUCCAUAAAUUCCGCGUUCGAAGCUAGCGGUCGACUGGGCACAUUUGUGUCAAGAAAGCUUCCUACAGCAUCAUGCGCUGCAUCCAUAUUCGCAAAGUCUCACCUUAGCGUGUCCUCUGACAGCCACACCUUUCGUGGGCUCAGCUCCUCAAGACAAUCCUUGUUGAAGAGGAGCUCAGUCGAUAAAAUGCACAGGGGUGCCUCAACGCCUCCUACUGGCACCUUGUCGGACAGCGAAGGUUACGUUGAAAGAAACGAGUCCGAUUUCACUAAGGAAGAACUCGAUGACAUAGAGGCAUACACUAUCGUCCACGUGGGCUAUGACGAAACUGGCUUGCUCAUGUGGAUCUGGAUCUGCCCCAAGAACUACAAAAAGGGGGUGCCAAGGUUGCGGGUUUCAAGGUCAUAUGGACAAGUGGUUUACAAAGACUGGUUCACGAUGACAAUCGAAGACAAUCCAAGAACGUUUGGGGACAGAGGGAACAUCUCUUCCGGCGACGUUCUUCUAGUCAAAAAGUUCAUCCAUAAGAAUCGGACGGUUUUAGAAAGAUUUUGGGAGCAAGAGGAGGAUUAUGAUUGGACUGAACUUCUUGCUGAUUUGCAGACGGUGUGACACCCAACUGGAGCUUUACCUCUUAACUGGCUUUUGACCAUUUUAGCCUAGCAUGCG